AUGGACACCGAGCCGCCCACCGCCUUCGAUGUUGUACCUACGCACCUCGUAGCGACUCUCUUCUACAAAGCCCCCACACCCGAUGUCGUCCCCGCCUCCCCUAACGAAUUGAGCAAUGGCACCGCUCCCACGGGAAAACUUGAAGAGCAACCUCUCGAGCCGAGUCACGUCAGCCAAAGCUGUCUGUCCGACUUCUUCGUUACGCUCACAAACAUCAUCUCUGGAUUGCAGCAAGAGACAAUACAGAGCCGGAAGCUGCAAAGCAGAAAGUUAUGCAGAGUGGUCGAAACCACCUUUCCACUCCCAAGCACAUCAACCCUCAAUCUUGACACAUUGCGACGACAUGAGGCCGUAAGCCAGUUCGAGAAGAAGUGGAGUGUCGAAUGUGUCUUCCAGGCAGACACCAUAUAUCGGCGACACAAAAGACUUGCUGUCUUCGACAUGGACUCGACGCUCAUCCAGCAGGAGGUCAUUGACGAAAUUGCCUCGCUCAUUGGCGUCGAAAAGGAGGUUUCUGCUAUCACAGCCGCGGCCAUGAAUGGCGAACUCGAUUUUGAAGCGAGCCUUCGUGCACGGUGCAGAUUACUCAAGGGUGUUCCGAGCAGCGUCUUCGAGACACUGAAACCACGCAUCACACUCAACCCAGGUGUAAACGAUCUCAUCGUAGCCCUGAAACGCCUGGGAUUCAAGACUGCCGUUCUCUCUGGUGGCUUCACACCUCUUACAGGCUGGAUGGGUGCCCGGCUUGGUUUAGACUACGCUUUCGCCAACCAUCUUGUCGUAUCCGCAGACGGGCAACACCUGACGGGUGAGCUGACCGGCGAAAUUGUGCACGCAGAGAAAAAACGACAACAUGUACUCGAGAUCGCAAGCCAAGAGGAAAUUCUUCUAGAACAAGUAAUUUGCAUCGGCGACGGUGCCAACGAUCUGCCCAUGAUGGGCGUCGCGGGACUGGGCGUCGCCUUUCACGCGAAACCCAAGGUGCAACUGCAAGCACCGGCAAGGCUGAAUAGCAAGAGCAUGAUGGACGUGCUCUAUCUUUUUGGCGUGACAGAAGCGGAGCAGGAAAUGUUGUUACGAUAG